AUGCCUUCCGAAGACACGAAGGAAAGAAUCAUCAAGGCCGUCGAGCUUGGACGUACCGUGCUCCACUAUGGCUGGAUUCCCUUCAUUAUCUACAUUGGCUACACGAAGAGCAACCCUCAGCCAUCCCUGAUCAAGUUGAUCAGCCCUCUUGCAUGA